AUGGCUGGGUUCCAGUCCAUGCACAGAGACAAGUGUCUGAGUCUCUUUCUCAACAUAUGCUUCCUCUUCCUACUCUCCUGCCUCACAACCCAUCUCUGUUCAUCCAAUUCUGAUUCCAUCAACCAAUUCAAAGCAUCAAAUUUGAUUGCAAUAUUGAAUCACAAUCAGAUCCCAGAUGAUGAUAUAGGUUGCAAAGCUCUCCACAACCACCAUGACCACCAAGAAAAGUGCUCAUAUGUCAAGACUCACAACAGGUGUCAACCCACAGGCUACAUACCCUAUCUCCACCUCUUUUAUUGCACUUUUAGCCCACUUUUGGGUCACACCCUGUUCAUCCUCUGGCUCAUAUUGCUGUUCUAUCUGUUGGGUGACACAGCUGCCAAUUACUUCUGCUCUUCAUUGGAAGGCUUGUCAAUGGUCUUGAAUCUCUCUCCAACCAUAGCUGGUGUCACUCUUCUCUCUCUAGGGAAUGGAGCCCCUGACCUCUUUGCUGGUGUGGCUUCUUUCAUGGGUGAUGGCACUAAAGAUGUGGGGUUGAAUAGCAUCUUGGGUGGUGUUUUUUUUGUGUCCACCAUUGUGGUUGGUGUCAUAAGCCUCUGUGUCCAUGGUAAAACAAUUGACAAGUCUAGUUUCAUAAGAGAUGUUCUCUUUUUCCUUCUCUCUCUCUCUUGCUUGCUUGUGAUCAUUGGUCUAGGAGAGAUCAACUUGUGGGGUGCUAUUUGCUUUCUCUCUCUGUACUUCAUAUAUGUGUUGUUUGUCUCUGUCUCAGAGAUGUGUGCUAAGAGGGAGAAAGAAGAGGAAGUGAAUGAUGGGUGUCAUGUGUUGCCUCUAACUAGUAAUUUUCUUGAGGAGUCUGAGUUGGGAGUGCCUUUGUUGGGUUGUUUGGAUGAUGAGAAACCCAUUUUAGUGGAUCAAGAAAAUAGUGGAAUAAGGUGUUUUGAUCUCAAAUCUUCAACUGUUUCUUUAAUUGGGACUCUCUUGGACAUUCUAGAGCUGCCUCUUUUGUUACCAAGAAGGCUGACUAUUCCAGUCAUUUCUGAGGAGAGAUGGUCAAAGCCAUUUGCAGUUAUAUCAGUUACAAUAGCUCCUCUUUUACUAGCUUUCAUUUGGGAUUCUCAUGGUUCAAGACCAAGCUUGAUGGUAUAUGCAAUCGGUGGAGUGGUUGGAGUUAUUAUUGGGGUUCUUGCAUUUUUCACUACAGAGAGGUCUGGCCCACCAAGGAAGUGUUUGUUGUGUUGGCUUGGCGGAGGGUUCUUGAUGAGCAUCACUUGGACAUAUUUUUUGGCUCAGGAGCUGAUCUCUCUGUUGGUUUCAUUUGGUCUCAUAUUAGGGAUAAGCCCUUCAAUUUUAGGGCUCACUAUCCUUGCUUGGGGCAAUUCUCUUGGGGAUUUGGUAGCCAAUGUAACAAUGGCUAAAAAUGGUGGGCCAGGUGGGGCCCAGAUUGCCAUUUCUGGCUGUUAUGCAGGGCCAACAUUCAACACCUUGGUGGGCUUGGGCUUGUCACUUGCUUUCUCAGCCUGGUCUGUGUAUCCAUUCAACUAUGUCAUCCCUAGAGACCCUUUUGUCUAUGAAACCAUGGGUUUCCUAGUGGCUGGCUUGCUUUGGGCCCUUGUGAUCCUGCCCAAGAACAAUAUGAGGCUGGAUAGGUUCUUAGGUUGCGGGCUCUUGGUUAUAUAUUUGUGCUUUCUCUCUCUUAAAUUGGCAAGAACUCUUGGCGUAGUGCAACUAAAGGUGUCCCCUUCCUGUUUCAAACCCUAGGAAUCUCUCUCUCUCAGUUUGUAAAUUUUCAUGUUUUAUAUGUAUAUAUUCUCACAGUAGCACUUUCUAGGCCAUGCAAUGGAUUGUAUGCUUGGCAAUUGAAAAGCUAUCAGUAUUUCUAUUUAUUUUUUAUUUGUUAUUUAUUUUAUUAUUAAUAAAUUGAAAUAAAUUUUAUUUGAUCA